AUGCUGCUACUAGCUCCAUUUCUCUUGCUCGUCACCCUUUUUAAUGCUACUGUUUUUGGUUUUGAAGCUGUGAAUCAUGCAAGAACUUUUGACCUUAUAGUUCAAUCCGUCGUCGUUGUUGACAAAUCGGGCAGAGGCAAUGUCCAUACCGUUCAAUCAGCCAUCGACUCAGUUCCACCUAACAACAUCCAAUGGAUUAAGAUUCAAAUCAAUUCUGGUGUCUACAAAGAAAAGGUGACAAUCCCACAAGAAAAACCUUUCAUUUAUCUCGAAGGAGCCGGCCGCAGUAAUACAGUUAUCACGUUCAACGAUCAUCAACAAACAGAUACUAGUGCUACAUUUACUUCAUAUCCUCCUAACAUUAUUGCGAGAGGCAUUACUUUUGAGAACUCCUUCAACCUUGCAGAAGCUCCAGAGAUAUUUGUUCCUAAUGAUGGAACUUUCUUUACACAAGCAUUAGCAGCAAGAAUCUACGGUGACAAAUCGGCGUUUUUCAGUUGUGGAUUCAAAGGGUUUCAAGACACAUUAUGGGAUGUACGAGGUCGCCAUUUCUUCCAUGCUUGCUACAUUGAAGGAGCCAUAGAUUUCAUAUUUGGUAGUGGCCAAUCAGUUUAUAAGAACUGUUUGAUAAAUGUUAAUGUUGCAAAACUCCCUCAAGUCAACCAAGGGUUCAUUACUGCACAAGGUCGAAAAUCAGCAACAGAUCCAAGCGGAUUUGUAUUUAAACGGUGCACCAUAACGGGUAGUGGCAAAGCUUUGUUGGGGAGAGCAUAUGGUCCAUUUUCCAGAGUUAUAUUUGAAGAUGCUAUAAUGGGUACAGUGGUAGCACCAGACGGAUGGGAUGCCUGGAACUUCAAGGGCCAAGAGCAAAAUUUUAUGUACGUCGAGGAGAAUAGUACAGGGCCAGGAUCUUCCACUUCCAUGAGAGUUCCAUGGGCAAGGACGCUUGAUGCCUCGCAACUAAGACGCUUCUCGGUGGAAUCUUUCAUUAACCAAGAUAGGUGGAUUCCCACACUCCCUUGA